AUGCCUCCAGUACAACAGCCAAUUCCUUAUGGACAACCCUUAGUUCAAUAUGUGUAUCAACAAGCGCCAGUUCUUCUGUAUUCAAUGCCACAGACAACUUAUGUUACUCAAACAGUUCCAAUUAUUCAACCAUCUGGGCCUAUUCAGGAUAAUUCAGAACCAAUUCAAAUUGAUUCUGAUUAA